UCUUCAACGCAAACGAUCGUUGCCGUUCUGUUGCCAUGACAACAAUUAAAUAGUUCAUAUCUGCCUUCGCAUUUAGUAAGCUUUUACAAAGUAUUUUUUGGAGAAGCAUGAGUGAGGAACAUUCAUCAGAAAGACAGUCAGGAUUCUGUUCUGCGACUUGCAGUGAUAGAGCAAGUUUGCGGAAAGAGAUCGGGAAACAAGAAGUCAAGACUUCGGACGUAUUUGUUACCUGCAAUUUGCCAAAGAGAUUUGAACAUCCACAUUGGUUCAAUGGUUAUGGAUGUCAAUUGAGUAAGCAACAUCCAUUUUACAGAACUUCGGCAAGUGAAUACGGCUGGUUUCCGCCAGGUUACCAUUCAGUCCCUUCGGUAUUUUUCCCCGCUGGUCAAACGUUCACAAAUCGUUUAUCCGCAGCUGGCAUGUACAGAAAUUACAGCCUAAAUACUGGCAUGGACCCCGCUGGAUAUCGUUAAUUUUAGAUUUACU